AUUAUAUAAAAGGCCUUAAUUAAUCCAACAAAAAGACUGUUUAUUAAUCUCUCUGCGCCUGUGGAUUCUCGCUCUUAAACAGAAGAUACUUUCGGAUCCGAUCUCUGCAGAAAACCAAGUCGGAAAAAAAGAUGUCGUCAACCUUCAGCGGCGAUGAAACAGCUCCCUUUUUCGGCUUCCUCGGCGCCGCCGCCGCUCUAGUCUUCUCCUGUAUGGGAGCGGCGUACGGCACGGCGAAGAGCGGCGUCGGAGUUGCUUCGAUGGGUGUGAUGAGGCCGGAGCUGGUGAUGAAAUCUAUUGUUCCGGUGGUUAUGGCCGGAGUGUUGGGUAUUUACGGUCUGAUUAUCGCUGUGAUUAUCAGUACUGGUAUUAACCCUAAGGCAAAGUCUUACUACCUAUUUGAUGGAUAUGCUCACCUUUCUUCUGGUCUCUCUUGUGGUCUCGCCGGCCUUGCUGCUGGUAUGGCCAUCGGAAUUGUUGGCGAUGCCGGUGUCAGAGCCAAUGCACAACAACCAAAGCUUUUCGUAGGGAUGAUUCUUAUCCUUAUUUUUGCUGAAGCCUUGGCUCUUUACGGUCUCAUCGUUGGCAUCAUCCUCUCUUCUCGUGCUGGACAGUCGAGAGCAGACUAAGAAGUACUUCUCACUCGAUUGUAGUUGAGAUUUUUGGCUUGAAGUUUAUGUUUGGGGAUGUAGAGAAGUUUGAUUUCUCGUGAAUAAAAGCUCUUCUCGUAUUUUUAUGGCAAGGACCAUAUUUGAUCUGUAUAAACCAAUUCAUUUAAUAUUUUGUUUGUUGAAAUUUCAUACUUUAUUUUUCCUGAGCUUUAUGAUGAAUUUUGGUGAUA